GGGGCGGCCAUGUCGGGCGCGGCGCCGGGGAAGGCGUCGGUGUCGGCGGCGAUGUCGGCGUCGGCUCGGCCGCGGCGGAAGGUGCUGAGCGCGGAGGAGGCGGAGCUGUUCGAGCUGGCUCAGGCGGCGGGCAGCGGGCUGGACCCGGAGGUGUUCAAGGUGCUGCUGGACCUGCUGCGCAUGAACGUGGCGCCGCUCGCGGUCUUCCAGGUGCUGAAGUCCAUGUGCGCGGGGCAGCGGCUGCCGGCGGGCCCCGACAGCGCUCCCCCCGCCGCGCCGCCCGCCGACAGCCGAGGUAGGGGCCGCGCGGCGGGCCCUCCCCUCUCCGUGUCUCCCGCGGAGCCCCCCGAGGACGCGCCCGCCUUCUCCUUCGCGCUGCGGCCUCCGCGCUUCGCCCACCCGUCGCCCCGCUGCCUCUCGGCGCCGCCCGCCGCCCGCCCCGCCCCGGGGCCGCCCCUGGGCGCUCCGGCGGCCGCUCCGCAGGGCCGGGGGUUCGGGGCCGCGCGGCGGGGGCUGCGGCUGCCGGCCCGGGGGGCGGCCCCGAGGGGGGCGCGGGGCGCCCGCUCCGUGUGAGGCGGCGGUGCUGCGGCUCCUCGGGCUGUGCCCGGACCCGCCGCGCCGGAGCCCUCGCUUCCCUUGUGCUUAGAGGCGUAGCACGGAGGGGCGCGGGCGCUGCGCUGCGCUGCUCGGCGCUGCGGGGCCGGGCUCGGGCGCUCGGCUGCGCAGACGGAGGAGGCCGAGCCGGAUGCUGCCCUCGCGCCCCCCUCUCCAUCGCUCUCGGUGUUUCUGAGCGAGGACUGCCAGGUGCGGCCUGCGCCCCGCGGAUGGGCUCCUCCCUGCUGGAGGAGAUGCUCUCGGUUGCAGGCUGCCCGGUGAGAGGACGCUGGCAGUAAAGAGCCUCGCGCGUACCUCACGUGACUUUAAUAUACGCAGGGACGAAAGAAAACGACUUCUUGAGCAAAGUGAGGAAGGCACGGCACUUGGAUGUUCUUCUAGCGCCGGGCCACUGCUGCGAGCUGCUUCAGGAUAGCGCUAGGCCGGCUCAGGUCUGCAGUGGCUAAAGGGUCCCUUUUUGUGAACAGCAUUACUUCCUCAAGAGGAAAAGCCAAAAACCCUAUGGACAAACUUGGUCUGCCCUUGUCACUUGCUUCCUAUCAGCCUGAGGUGCUGAAAUGCAUUAAAGAGAUGGUAAACUUCCAGGAAUUAGUGUCGGUGUUGGGGCCUUCAGUUGGUUCCCUCUCCAUCGAUGCAGGAGCAUUUCCUGUCCAGGUGCUGUCCGGCUUUGCCUGCAGUCUCUGUGUCCCUGUGCAACCUGCCUUUCUGGCCUGUGUUUCUCCUUAAAACCAACACAUAAGUAUCUUUGAGUAUGUUGUACUGAGCUGGUGAAGCGCAGGGGAAGCUCAGGGAAAGAUAGCACUAGCUCUGUGUCACUUGUGGGAAAUACAGUGUUAAAUUGGUC